AGAAGAAGACGGACAUGGAGAAUAUUUUGGCUACCUUCAUGAAUGAGACGAGAAAUCGUUUCAACAAGGAUGAAGAGAAAUUGAACAAGAUCGAGAACCAUGUGACUCAACUGGCUACGACAAUGGGGGCACAAAUGAAGAAUUUGGAAACGCAAAUUGGCCAACUAGCCAAGGUCGUAGGGAGCCAGCACCAAAGGGGUCAAUUCCCUAGCAAUACGGAGUUGAAUCCUAAGGAGCAAUGUCAAGCCAUCCGUCUAAGGAGUGGAAUGGAGUACGAAGGCCCGAAGAUGCCGGAGGAGAAGGAGAGUGAGCCGAAGGGGAAAGAGCGCUUGGAGCUAAGCGAAAAGGAAGAGGAUGUUCGUGAUGAAUUGGAGAAAGAACCGAUUGUCAUGUCGAAAAAAGGGGCUGAGAAGCUUAAAUCUACUUCUAACUCUAAUUCUCAUAAACAUCCUGUUAAUUUACCUUUUCCCCAAAGAUUUCAAAAGAAGAAUUUGGAUGCUCAAUUUGCUAAAUUUUUAGAUAUAUUCAAGAAAAUUCAUAUAAAUAUUCCUUUUGCAGAAGCCUUGGAACAAAUGCUAAAUUAUGCGAAAUUCUUGAAGGAUGUGAUAUCCAAGAAGAGGCGAGUUGAGGAUCAUGAGAUG